AUGAUCUUUGAUUAUCAUCAAUUCGCUCGUCGUAUAUUUCACACUAUUCUUUAUAAUCAAGAUAUUUCGAAUAUUGAAAUUCUUCUAUUAAAAUCGUUCCAUCGUCUCAAUCUUAAUUAUUUCGAAUACAAUGGUCAAUCAUUACUUCAUCUAUGUUGUCUUUAUAAUCGUUUGGAUUUACUGAAAUUUCUUGUCGAAUUUGGCCAUUGUGAUAUAUCAAUCAUGAAUCGUGAUGGUUGGCUUCCCGUACAUAUUGCUUCUUAUCUCGGAUACAUGGAUAUUGUACUAUAUCUAUUAGAAUGCCAUUAG